UUAUAUUGUAAAUCAAUAAACCUAACACUGCAAAUAAUGAAUAUGCAGUCUGUGAUUAGUUUCUGACUGAAUUCAAAAUUAUCUAAUAAUUGUUGAAAUGGAGAAGAAAAAGCUAUACAUUGGAUCAUCUAUCGGGGAAUUGAAUAAAAAAGGAAAAUAUGAUUUUGACAGAGGUAGAAGCAUAAAAAUCCAUAUAAAUCACAGUGAUAAAACAUUCCAAGCUGCUGAAGCAGCUCGUCUGAACGGAGAUGAAGAAAGAGGAUAUAUUUUGUACAUGAGGUACCUGGAUAUAUUUCAAAAAGUGAGAGCAUCACAAGACUUCAAGAAAGAUUCAGGACAUUACUCUCUUCUUCUGGGAACAAAAAAAUUUGCAGAGGCUAUUGAUCAUGCAGAAAAACUGUCUUGCAGCUUGAGAAAAAGAUAUGAAGAUUUAAAAAAUGGUUCUGAACCAUCUAAAGCUGAUGAAACAUCUAAAGAUUCAGGGGAAAAAAAUGGUACUAUUUUACCAAAAUCAGUUAACACACCCAAAUCGAAUGGUGUUGAUACCACUGUGAAACAAUCAAAUACAGUUGUACAAAAUCCGUCAGUUGUUCCGAAAGAUGCAAAAGAUAUUUCCUGUGAAAAACUACAUGAAAUUUUAUUUUCAACCAAAUUGGAUGUGUUGAUGCUUGAUAUUAGGACUUCUGAUGAAUUUCAAGAGUCGUGUAUAAGACAUCCAGAUUGCAUAAAUGUUCCGAAAACCCAUAUUAAACCUGGCACAGUUUGUAAGAGAAUCGAGGAAGGAAUCACUAAUAUUGACCACUUGGAUAAAUGGAAAAACCGGGCAAUUCCAGAUAUUAUCGUUAUGAUUGAUUGGAACGGGACCUUGAAACGUUUGGAUGAUUUGAAAGAUCCUCUCAGAAGUUUAAACGAUGCUCUUGUGAAGUGGGAGCAAGAAAUUUUUCUGAAACGUAAUCCUGUUGUUCUCACUGGUGGUUAUAUUGAUUGGUUGGAUUAUUAUCCCCAAUUCUCAACAAAUUCAAAAGUUGCUCGACCGACUCUACAAACGAGAAAAAUUACAAGUGUUACAAGCCUCACUGAUUUUCAUUUCAACGAUUUACUACCAUUGACACCACCUAAGCAAGUUGAUAAGAGUUCUAUAAAUAAUGAAGAAAAAGAUUCAGACAGUAAAGAUUGGGAUGAUGCAGAAGUUUUAGGGGAAGUUGGAAAAAGUGAAUCUGUAGUCAAGACACCUGAUCCUACAAGCCCUGCUAUAAAUAACUUGUAUCCCAGUGUGCCUCAGAAUGUCAAUCUGUCAUCAAAGAAAACUGAAAGUUCCGCUGAGAAUUCUCAAAACGAUAUCACAGAUUCUGCUAAACCGACUGCAUCGACGAUUGCCAAUGGAAUUGGGAAGAAAAACAUUCCAGCUGUUGAUAGAAGCAAAAAACCUAGUAUGCCAAGUCGUAACUUGAAGCCACAGACUGAAAUCAGUAAAGCAAAGAACAUUAUGGAUGUUGAUAGUUCUGUCGGGGUUAAAGAUUGGCCUCCUGCUUCUUUUGUUAAUGGAACGAAAACUCCUUCAUCAUCGAAUAAUUCUGAGAGUGAGUUUUCUCAAAUUUCUGCUAAAGCAGCUGCGUCUAUCGAUAGAAUUGAAAUGAUUAAGAAAAAGAAAGAAGAAGAUGAAAGGAAAACAAAAGAAUUGGAAGACAAGAAAAAAUUGCUAAAGAUUGAGGCAUAUGAAAGACAAUUAAAAGAAGAGGCGGAAGAACAAGAAAGACAAAGAAAAAAUGCUGAAAAGGAAGUUGCAGAUCUAAUGAGGAACAUACGCAAAAAUGAGCCAACAAAAGUAGUUAAGGAAACAACACCUGUUGAUGUACCUAAGGAAACCAAUAGCGUUGAUCAGAAUAAAAACACUCCAGAAUCUCCACCAACACCAAAACCAGUUAUAGUGAAGCCGCCAGAGAAAAUCCCAACACCUGCAAUUCCAAGAGAUAGAAAACCUGUAGCGAGUGUGGUUGCAAACAAAAAAGAUGAUGCUAUAAAAACUCCUGAUCAACAAAAAAAUUUAGACGCCGGUCCUCGAAAAGAUGAAAUCCCACCGACAAAUAAACCUGAAAAAUUGGUGGUCGUCGAUAAAUCAGAUGCCGUUACCCAUGCCCCUCAGCCUACUGUUCCUCCUACGUCAACAAUCAAAGAAGACAAGCCAGCAGUAAUCAAACCAGAGCCGAAAGUUACACCAAAACCAAUUACACCGAAACCGAAGGAUAUCGCGCCACAAAAAAAAUUAAUAAAGACUAAUGAUACAGCAGAGAAGUUCAAAGCAAAACCAAAACCAACAGUGAAGGCUCCUAUAAGCAGAGACUUGCCUCAACUUCCUCCGUCCGAUCCAUUGAAAAGACAAGGUUCAACUAAUCUACCACUUAGUUGGGAGAAGAGAUUAGACAGACAAACGGGAAGAUAUUUUUAUUUGGAUCAUAAAACUAAAACUACACACUGGACGUUACCGAAUAAUGUUGCAUCGACAAUUACAAAGGCUCCACUUCGUGAUGAAAAUACUGCUCCUACUCAUGGAGGCCUCAAACGAUCAAGCUCCUCACCGAAUAUUGCUCAACUCAAAGACGAUACUCCAAUAACGGACCACGCCAAACCAAAACCUUCAAUACCAGAUAGAGAGAAUAAACCAAGAGCACCUGAAUCGCAAGCUGUUCCAGAUGAUCCGAAUAUUUUUGCUUUGAAACUUGAUAGACUCCAUCCUGCCCCUGGUGGAUCAGGCCCUGGUUUAUGUGGGUUAAUGAAUCUGGGAAAUACAUGUUAUAUGAAUUCAGUUUUACAAUGCAUGUUCAAUACGACUCUACUCGUCGAAUAUUUUCUAAUGAACACAUAUAAAGACCACAUUAACAGGCAAAAUUUCUUGGGAUCAGGAGGUGAAAUUACGGAUGGUUUUUCAAUGCUUAUGAAAGCAUCAUGGGGUGGUCAAUACAGACAUUUAACGCCUCGAGAUUUUCGACAUACUAUUGCAAAAUUCAAUUCGAGAUUUGGUGGCUACACUCAACAGGAUUCACAGGAACUGUUAUUGUUCUUGAUGGACGGACUCCAUGAAGAUCUGAAUGAAAUAAAGGAAAGGAGUUACGUUGAAGAAGAAGACAAUGAUAAUAUGAAUGAUAAUAAAGCUGCAAGAAUUGCGUGGGAACAUCAUAACCGUUUAAACAAAUCCAUUAUUGUUCAACUCUUUCAGGGUCAGUUUAAGGCGACAGUUCAAUGUUUACAUUGCAAAACAACUUCGAGAAAAUUUGACGUUUUCAUGUAUUUGUCUCUCCCUGUACCAUCGCAAAAUAGCUGCUCUAUACAUGACUGCAUCAAGAAGUUCUCGGAAGUUGAGAAACUAUCAGGUGAUAACAAAUGGAGAUGUCCGAAUUGUAAAACAGAGAGAGAUGCUGUGAGAAAAAUGGAAAUUUGGAAGUUACCACCUGUUCUGUUUAUCCACUUCAAAAGAUUUUCUUUCUGUGGACGUUGGGGCGAUAAAGUGCAAACUUCGGUUAAGUUUCCGGAAAAGAAUUUAAACUUAAAUGAAUAUGUGAAAGGAUCGAAGAAAAAAGACUCCUAUCAGUUGUAUGCUGUUUCGCAUCACCAUGGAACUAGUUUGGACAGCGGACAUUAUGUUGCAUCAUGUAAAAGUCCGAUUGAUAAUAAUUGGUAUAAAUAUGAUGAUCAUGAGGUAUCAAGAACGUCUGUACCAUCGGGUCCCAGUACAUACAUUCUAUGUUACACCAGUUUGAAACAUUCUUUGCAUUUGAAAAGUUCUUAAUCAAUUGAGUGUUCUGUAAUGUAACAAUGUACAAAAGUAAAUUUUAUCUUCUUGUAACAUCAUUUGUAUAUAAUAUUGAUAUUUGCUGCUUCUUUCAUAAUUCUUCUACAUUGUUCUCGCAAUAUUCACCCUCAUUUUUGAAUGAAAAUAAAUUAUAUCUUUAUCCAGUAAAACAAGAUAUGGGUAUAAGAAAAUACAUGAUGGGAUUUUUCUUGUCGUGUUUGCACUUACUCAAAUGUAACAGUAAAUAUUAUAUAUAGUCAGGUAUAUAUUAUUAUAGGUUAGAGCAGUGGUUCCCACCGCGGCCCAAUUUCGGCCCGCAUAAAGAUUUAAUAUUGUCGGCCGAGCUUAAGUGAAAUGGUUUGACACUUUAUGUUUUUACCUUUUCGUGUUAUAGAUAUUGUGAAUUGUUAAAGCAUUAUCACAGUUCAAGCAUGUAUUCAACUAUACAUGUAUCUUAAUCAUACGUACCGGUAUCGGCCCCUCACAUCCUUCUGCUUCUAAUUUUGGCCCCCAGUCAAUCAACUUUGGGAACCACUGGGUCAAAGUGUUUGACUUAACUGUGCCGGCAUCACAGAUUACACAACUAGGGUUCAAAUCCCAUGCCCCCAUUUCACCCAGGGUGUGAGUUGUCCAAAUAAUAGUAACUUCUCGGGAAUCAUCUGAAAAUGUCUCACCGCCCAUUUGUCAUUUCACCGUAUUCCAGUGUAAAUACUGCAUUGUCAUUUUUACCAUGUAUUUAUCACAUUUGUUAAUAGUUACUUGCGUUUGCUCUCCUAUUUUUCCGUCUAUAUUGUAUUCUUUAAGUUUGCCUUCUCUUUAUAUUGUUGUAUAUUGUCUAAUUUAUCAGUCUGUGACGAAUAUUAUAAUAUGGCAAAAA